GCUCGAUGUGAUGGUUGUUGUUUUGGUUGCUGUACGUAGCCUAGCAUGUUUCCUUAGUUAACAGUGCGAUUUAACGACGAUUAAACAUCCAUGAAACCGACAGACUCGGAUGAAGAUGAAGCAGAGCACCCGAGCUCCACGCAGAAGGAGCUGAGGCAGCGGGCCAACCAAAGCAUCCAGCAUCUGAGCAGUGCUCCGCUGCAGCUGGUCCCUGAUGGAGAUGAGGUGGAGGAGGUCAGAGGUGGUGAUGAAGACCAUUUUACAACCAUGGCCGAAGAGGACAAGGCUGCAUGGAACCAAAAGUCACAGAGUGAAGCAGUUAAUCAGCUGAAGAGCCUUCUGCUGAAGCAGGGCAGAGAAAUUCCCACACCUGUCUCCCCUUCCAAGAAACAUUCUCCAUCCAAGGAGGGGAUGUCCAGUUUACCUGCCUUUCAGGAUUUGGUUCCUGUAUUUCACAAGUCAGAAUACAUCCAACAUCUGGAAGCUGAGGUUAAAUUCUGUAAGGAGGAGCUGCAGGGAAUGAAACAGCGGAUCAGAGUGGUGGUGGUGGAAAAUGAGAAGUUACGUUCAGAACUGAAAGCCAAAGCUGUGGAUGAAUCCCUAAAAGAUUACACGAUCCGAAACUCCACGAUGAACGAAGUCAUCGACAACAGCCACAUAGGCUCCAUUAGAGACCACAGUGUGCUACAGAAAGAAGAACACAACACAUGGAAAAAUGAGCUGGAAAAACUGAAGGUGAUCUACCAGGCCCAGAUGGAAAGCUUGGAGGCGCAGGUCAUCUCUCUCAGAAAGGAUCUGUCAGUCAGUCAGAAGGAGUGCGAGGAGGUGAAGCUUCGCCUGAGACACAGGGAGAAGCAGGCCGCAGAUGCACUGAAGGCUGAUGGAGCUCCUCGUGUGGCAGGAUUUUGCCUGAAGUGUGCACAGCACGAAGCUGUGUUGGCUGGGACUCACACAAACCUGCAUGUCCAGGCUAUUGACAGGCUCACAAAAGAGCGUGAUGAGUUACUGGUGGCUCUGCGUGCUGUGAGGACCAGUCAGCAAGAGACACAACAGAGGGAGUGGUCGGCCUGUCUCCAGGUCAAACAGGCUGUGGAGAUGGCAGAGGAAGCAAACCUGCAAAAAGCUAGGGUGGAGGUGCAGUGCGAGCAGUUGUCCAGGGAGCUGGCUCGACAGAGAGAACAGCUCGACCGAGACGCACACGGUUUGCAGCAGAGACUGGCUGAGGCCAGAGAGGAGGGCCGAGCAGAGGCCCGCAAACAAAAAGAGGAACUGACGAAUAUAGUGUCUGGCCUUUCCCAGCGUGUCGCUGAGUUGGAAGGACAGCUAGACAGAGCUCUCAGAGACAAGAGUUCACUGACCAGUCAGCUGGAGGACACUCUCCGCACACUUACCAGCCAGGAACAAGAAAACACAAAGGUAUGUGUGGAUCUGAGAUAUCAGCUCAGCCAGGCCACGCUGAAGAAACAGGAGGCUGAACGAGAGCUCAGAGAGCUCAACGCCAAGACCAGCAGACAGAUGGAAAAGGCAGCACAGGAAGUGGAAAGGCUGAGCUCAGAGCUGGUUGGCUGUCGGCAGCAUCUGGAGGCGGUCCAAAAGGAUGGGAGCCAAUGGCAGGCCGAAGCCCUGAGCCUAGCAGAACAGCUGGCAAAUGCCCAGCGCCAACUGCACCUCACCAGACAGGACAGAGAGGGUGCAGACCGGGCUCACGAAGAGGAAAUGGCAUCUGUGAGUCUUUCAGCUCGGGAAAGGGAGCGAGAGCUGACUGUGAUGCUGCAGCAAGCAGAAGCCGAACACCUGCAGAGAGUUGGAGAGUUGGAUGGUCUCCUGAGUUCCCAGAAUUCCCUCAUUGGGAGGCUGAAGGAGGAGUGCUGCAACCUGGGGACCAAACUGGAAGAGCUGGCUGAAAAAAGCAGAAGUGAGCUGGAACAGCUGGCAUUGGAGAAACAACACUUGGAGGAAACGGUGAAGAAUCUGAGAGCUCGCUGCUCGGAUAUGGAAGAACAGUGUGUCCAGCACGGUCGCAUGCACCAGCGCAUGAAGGACAGGCUGCAGCAGUUGGACCGUCACUGUCAGAGCAGCGCCCAGCAGGUGUGUGAGCUGCUGGCCAAACAGAACCAGCUGAUGCAGGAGAGAAACACACUGAGCGAGGAGAUGCAGAGCCUACGCAUCGAGCUGCCGAACAUGAGACGAACUGAGACUCUGUCCACAUGAGUCUGUCUUGCCGGUUUCCCUUCAUCGCUCCGUGGAUCACGAUGUUCUGUUCGUUUGUCAACAGGAAAACAAACUGUUGUUUACUUAGAGGAUAUUUAUGUCCUCUAUUCGGUAUUAAUGUGGAUUGUGUUCAUGUAACUGGGUUUUUUGUGGCAUUUUUUUUGUCUCAUGAGUGUAAUUAUGAUUGAUAGGUCAAGUGAGUAUUCAAAGUAUGUUUUUUUUCCCUCCCACUUUAGAAUCCAUUUUAAUAAAUAAAAGCUCAGUCCACUAAUGAACUUUCUGAAGUACUACUUCUUUAUAUAGAAAUGCUAAAAUGAUGCACAACUCCGUGUCCAAUAGGAAGUGUCCCAGAUUAAAAACUGUAAAGAUCCUAAUCCAAACUUUACUUCCAUUACAGGAUUUUAUUUGCUGGGAAACUUCGAGCAUAAAGUGCCUCUGUAAACCUCUGCCAUACUGGACAUAGACUUGAUUUAUAUUAAAGAUUGUUAUGAUGUGUGCAAGGCGCACCCCCAACACUCAUUUUGUGAGUUUUUGGUGAACAUUGUUUUUUUGCUCUGUUUAGACUGAGCUGAAACUUCGGGGCGGUCCACAAAGCGAACAAAAAGUCGACACGAUGGCAGCAGAUUGACAUAGUGCUUUAUUGAAGCUGUCUGUAAGAAGGAAAAUAAUGUGCAUCCCUAUCAUAUACAUUUUAUGUGUAAAAAUACUAAGGAUGUACAGAGUAAAAAAAACAGCUUCAUGUUGAUGGUAAUUUGUUGUUUUCACAUCGUGGCGGGCUCACUGGCCAGCAGCUCUGCAUCUGCACGGAGCACAGAAAAAGGCAGUUUGAUCCGCUUUUCUGUGAAGCUCUCCAGAGUUUCCCCGAUGCCGUGUCAGAGUCUACGCCAUCUCUGUGCCUUCGACAAGAGCGACGACGACCUCGGCCGCGCAGCGACUCGGGAAAACGCGGCCCACUCUGCCGAACAGCUGGAAGCUGUCCGCAAAUGUCUCAUGCAACUGUAAAGCUACAGUGGAUGGACAUGGCAUCAAAACCCAGUUAUACUGUGUAAUAUUUGUACAUGUUUGCUGUUUUGUUUUUU